AUGGCCAUCCAGAUUAUUCCAGAUGAAUGUUCAUCUGCCAAACACGCAAUGAAUCAAGAACCUCUAUCUCUUGGCGUCGUCAUUGACAUGGUUAUAUCAACUCUUCACAAAAUGAUGGGACUCCAAUAUUCUUUCAACAAAGAGCUUCCUAUUGCUCAGAAUCGAGAAGUUCAGGUAGUUGACCAAAGUGAGGAGAGUGCUUUGGCACAGAAUAGACUGCGUGCUCUGGAGUUUGUUCAGAGACAUAACAGCUUGAUCAAUAAGAUUGCUCAAGCUGUUGGUGAAAGAAAUGCCAUGGCAAGAGAUACUGCCUCUGGAAUGAACAUCACCAGCCAGAUUUUGGAAGAUUGUUUGUCUUCUUUGAAAGAAUCUGGUGUUGCUCCCCAGCAGAAGUAUAGAAAACAAUAA